AUGGCAACGAAUAUAACUAAUUUAAAUUUAAAUACUAAUCCUUUAAUAAAUAUUCCAUUAUCAAUUGCAACCGGACUUAUUCAUAAUGAUAGUAACUAUAUACUCAAUGUACUUGGUAUUAAAUCACAUGGUACAAUAACAUUUCGUCGAAAUUGUUCUAAUAGAGCUAAUUUUAUUCGAAUAUCAUCUGAUUUUUCUCCUACACGAAUCAAAGAAUUAUUUUUGGGACAACAUCAUGAUAAACGUCCAAUACUUGUUAUAUCGAUAACAGGCAAUGUAAGAGAAUAUAAUAUGAAAUCAAAAUUAUUUCGAAUAUUACGACAAGGUCUUCUUAAGAUAGCUAAAACUACUGAUGUUUGGAUUAUUACUGAUGGAAUCACAUCGAAUAUAACAAAACUUCUUGGUGAAAUAAUUCGAACAAAUCCAUAUCCAUCUCGACCUAUUUAUUUAAUGGGUAUCGUAUCAUGGGGAUGUAUGUCUGGUGUUGAACAAUUUGAUGUACAUGGUACGAAUGUUAUUUAUUCGAAAUCAAAAAAUGAUGAAAAACCACUUGAACCAAAUCAUACACAUUUUAUUUUUAUUGAUGAUGGAACUAAAUAUAAACAUGAAGGAGAAAUUGAAUUUCGUGCUCAAUUUGAAAGAGCAAUUACAGAAGAAACACUUUUAUUACAAACUACUACACAUUAUAAUCAGAGAAAAGAUAAAUUAACAAGAUCAUAUUCACAUGAAGAUAGUGUAUCUGUUGUGCUUGUUGUCGUUGAUAAUGGAUUGGAUACUAUCAGAAAAGUUUAUGAAAGUGUUGUUAAAAAUAAAAUUCCUGCUGUUCUUAUUCAAGGUACAGGUGGAUGUUGUGAUUUAUUUGCUAAAUGUUAUCAUUUGUAUGAUGAAUAUCAUUCAGAAAGAAAAUUAUCUGAUCAAGCAAAUAACAAUACAUCAUCGUUAGCAACAGAAAUAAAGAAUAAAAUUCGUGAAAAAUUACAAACAAUUUUGAAUAGACUCAAUAUAGGAUCACAUAUAAAUAUCUUAGAUAAAAAUGAACGAAUAGAUUAUUUUGAAUUAAUCUAUGAAUGUGUUGAAACACGAAAUAUAUAUUUAAAUUUUCUUGAUCUAAAAAUUCAUAAUCAUGUUGAUGUUGGUGUUGAUUUAGCUAUUUUACAAGCUCUUCUUAAAGUUACUUCUGAAAAUGAUUCAUCUGAAAGAAAUAUAGAACAAAAACGUGAACAAUUAAAUUUAGCAUUUGAAUGGAAACGUAUUGAUAUUAUGACGAAUUUUAUUAUGAAAGAUGAAAAAGAUUGGAAGACAAUUGAUUUAGAUGAUUUAUUUGAAAAAGCUCUUCUACAAAAUCAAAUAAAUUUUGUUCAAUUAUUUCUUGAUCAUGAUUUUCCAUUAAAUGAUUUAUAUGAUAAUACGAACAAACUUUUAAAUCUUUAUAAAAACGAAAAUUAUGAUUUUAAAGUAGAUUUAAAUAAUCCUUUACGAUCAAUUUAUACCGAAAUCAUUCAACCAUUUAUUGGUGACUUUUUUCAAGUUGAUGUUAUUUUUAGUUCAAAUAAUUCAUCCGAAGAUUCUUCUACAGGAUCAUCAUCAAAUCAUCAUCAUCAUCAACAACAAAGAAAUUUACAAUCAAUAGAUUAUUCAUUAUUAACAAUGAAUGAAAUCGAUGUUGAUAAAGAACUUUUUCUUUGGUCAGUUUUAACUGGUAAACAAGAAUUAGCUUUACUUUUUUGGGCUCGAACAAAGAACAAAGUUUGUGCUGCUUUAAUUGCAAUGUUAAUUUAUAAAAAUAAAGCACGAAAAGAAAAAGAAAUUAUAUAUAAUGAAUGGGCAAAUAUAUUUGAAAAUUUAGCUGGACAAAUUCUUGGUAAAUUUUAUUCAAUACAUCCAUAUGAAUGUACACAAGCUAUCAUUAGACAAAUUCCACAAUUUGGUAAUGUUACUUGGUUACAUUUAGCUGUUAUGGCUGAAGCAAAAUUAUUUAUUGCACAACGAAGUAUACAAGAUGUACUUAAUGAUAUAUGGUAUGGAUAUAUUGAUCAUACAGUUGGAAAUGGUUUAAUAAUAUUUUCAAGUUUUAUGCUUUGGUAUAGUGGAUAUCUUCCUUAUCAAAAACAAUUAACUAAAGGAAAUGAUAAAUUUAAGAAAAAUGAUGAUUUUCAAGAGAGAUUGAAUAUUUUUCAGAAUAAUUCAUCACGAUCAAACUAUAAUAUUGAUGAUAUUUGUAGAACGUCGGAUGGGACAUCUUUGAGAUUGAUGGAUGAUGUUGCAGAUGAAGAAAAAAAUUCCAUCACUGUUAUUAACACUAGCCUUUGGAAAAGUAGUGGUGGAGUAGCAGAUCAUAACUGGUAAGAUAAAUUAAAUGCUCAUGUUUUAUAAUUCAAUUUUCAAUAAUUUAAUUAAUCGUAGCAAAAAAACCGAAAUAUAUCACAAGAUGUAACGUGAAACGCUCUACCGUUUACAUAAGACCACUUAUUUUAUAACCCGCGAUGCAAAAGUAUCUGUACAAAUGUCUGAGGCUAUUGCGCAGCGAGUGUCUUCUGAUAGAGUGAAAUGAG